GGAGACAGAUGUGCCCUGUGCCCGUCCCCUCUCGGAAGCCCCUCUGGAGAGGGCGACACUCCGACCAUUCCCUUGUUCUGGGGCUUCCCUUUCAGAGGCCGAGGGGAUCCAGCAGUGGAGUGCAAGCACCAGACACCCCAGCAAUGACCAGUUCCCCCGUCUCCAGAGUUGUCUACAACGGCAAGAGGAACAGUAGCCCCCGCUCUCCCCCCAGCAGCAGCGAGAUCUUCACCCCUGCCCACGAGGAGAAUGUGCGCUUCAUUUAUGAAGCCUGGCAGGGCGUGGAGCGAGACCUGCGGAGCCAGAUGUCAGGCAGUGAGCGGGGCCUGGUGGAGGAGUACGUGGAGAAGGUCCCCAACCCCAGCCUGAAGACCUUCAAGCCCAUCGACCUGAGCGACCUGAAGCGCCGGAACACACAGGACAUCAAGAAGUCCUAAAGCGCGCUGUGCCCUUCCCCUGGCCUCUGGGAGAUCGGAGUGUAGCUUGAUGUUGGUCUCCUCGUCUCCUGUGGGCCCAGCUCCUGGGAGGGGGAGGGGCCGGUGCUCCCAGUGGGCCACAAACCCCAGAACCAGGACGGUGUAAUUGAUGGCCGAGGCCUGCCCCUUCUCCUCGAGCCCCCUCCUUUCCUCUUGGGGGAAUCUCAGGCUGCCCCCUGUCAUUGGGAGGGUCUGGGCCCGGCCAGCCCUUCCCCACCCCCAGGCCUAGCUGCAUCUUUGGAGCCACACAGCCCUGCCUGCCCCCCAGGGCCUUGACCCUGACUCUCCUUCCUUGCCAUCACCUUCCACUGCCCCCACCCUCCUAUUCCUGACCACUUCCAGGGUCAGGAGGGAGAACAGGGAGCCUCUCUUGUCUCCGGGGCCAGUGAGACUGGGCCGAGUUUAUCCCAAGGUGGCCAGGAGGCAGGACAGGGGUGGCGUGGGUCCCCCACUGACCCCUGCUGCUUCUCUGGCUUGGACACAUUGGGGAGCAUCUAACCUCCCACCUCACUGUCCAACCUGGCCCCUUCCUUCCCUGCAUCAGCUUCAGGAUGCCACCAGCUCUCAGGACCUGGGACACUGCUGGGUGCCCCCUCGAAGGGGUCCUGGGCAGCCAGGCCUGGCCCCCUGGUGUCUGCAGUCCUGUGGCCACAGCAACCCCCUUGGGCAGGAGCAUGGGGCUAACACUGAGCUGGUGAGGCUGCCUGGUGGGUCCUGGCUCUGUGCGGUAUGCUAGGAGGGUCACCAAGGCCCCUUUUUCUUCCUGUGCCCUUCAAAAGCCAAGCAUCUGCGAUGGAGUCUGAGGACCAGUGAAUAAAGGUGGGGUGGCACUGGA